GUAGAAAUAUUGUACAGUAUGUCUGCGCCCAUGAACACACGUCUCCCGUCUAAAGACGUUUAUUAUUUUACGAUACGAUCAAAUAUAUAUCAGGUCGUAUUACUUUCAUUGCUUAUUUUUCUUCCAUGGAAUACAAAGACUGUUUUAGAUAUUGUAUCAUACACUUUGCUGUCAUCUGAAAUUCUGAUUGGUGUCAUUUUGUGCUCUAACUUUUUGAUAGGAUUGUAUAUUUCACAAAAAAGUAACUUUGUCAAGAAGUCAGUGUCGUAUAGAGUUCGUGCAGCUUUAAAAGGAGCAUGCUUUUAUGUGCUAGCAGCUUGCUUCUUCCAUGUGAUAGCUGUUCUCUAUGGAGCACCAUUUUUUGAGUCCAUUUCCCAGACCUUUCACUUUGGAGCUCUGCUAGCUAGCAUGGCAGUCUUCCCAGGCCUUUGUUUACUGGGGCUUAAUGUGUCCAGCUGGAUUAAAGUCUUCUCACUAAAUAGUGCAGACCUAGGACCAGAGUCGGUUGUACAAAUCACAGCUGUGUCUUCUAUUAUUGGAGCUUGGCUUGGAGCAUUUCCUAUACCUCUAGACUGGGACAGAGAUUGGCAGGAGUGGCCAAUAACAUGCAUGGUGGGAACCUUGCUUGGUUACAUGACAGGAUUAAUAAUUGCUGCUCUUCACCUGUGUAUUCGUUAUAACCAGUUAAGGAAGCACAAAGUCACAUGACACUAUAAGGACAACCAAUGGCUCUGUAUCGUAUUGACUAAUGAUAUGCAUUAAUGUCACGUCAAAGAAAGGAAGUAUUUUCAAUGUUUUGGGAAAUGGUCUCUAUCUGCCAAAUCAAAAUGCAUGUUUAUAUAUAUUGAACAAAGAUUUUCUUUAACAUACUACUGUAAAGUACCGGUAUGCAUAAUUGGGAUAUGGUACAUGUACAUAUCUAUCCUUUUGAGUUCAUUGUUUAUAUUUAUAUUUCAUAUUUUUGUAUGUUCCUUUUUUUGAGCUAG